ACAGUUUUCGAGUAUGGUGACGAUGUGGCCACUUAUUAUCGUGAUCAGAGAGUGUUAUUAAUUUGUAAUCACCAAAGCACAGCCGAUGUCCCUACAUUAAUGGCGUGUUUACAGAGCAAAGGUACGCUAUGGUUGAUGGACGUGAUGUUUCGAUGGAGUCCGUUUGGGAUCAUCGGUAACAACCACGGAGAUUACUUCAUUAUGCAAGGCAAAGCCACUAGGGAAAAGGAAAUUUUGAGCAAUAAUGAUUCAGACUUGAAGAAACAUCUUAAUGAAGUGUUUUGGGACCGCGAUCGUCGCUGGGUUAUCGUUUUCCCAGAAGGAGGAUUCUACUAUAAGCGUGUGGAAAGCAGUCAGCGAUUGAAGAAACAUCUUAAUGAAGUGUUUUGGGACCGCGAUCGUCGCUGGGUUAUCGUUUUCCCAGAAGGAGGAUUCUACUAUAAGCGUGUGGAAAGCAGUCAGCGUUAUGGAAAAUUAAAUGGGUUCCCCCAUCUGAAAUAUACGACGCUUCCUAGAAUGGGAGCAGUGAAAGCCAUUCUGGAGGAGCUAGGCCCGCGUGCUGAGGAGGCGGAUGAACCGAGGGAGCGGAGCUUUAGCAAGUUGAAGCUUAUCACCAAUGCUGUUGGAGAUAUAGUUGGAGAGAUAAGGGAGAAGAAAUAUGUGAAAGGUACGAUACUUACCGUUUACAAAGAGAUUUCCUAUCCUGAAAUAUUGGAAUUUUCAUAG